UAGCUCCCACUAGUAUAGUACUGUUUUUUUUUUUAUUGAUAAAUCAAUUCGCCACCAUGUUACUUUGCUCUGAACUUAACUUCUCGCAGGGAAGUUUUACUGAGCUAGAUUACUCUCUAGAUCAUCAUCAUCAACAACAAGACCACCUUGGACUCAUGAAGCAGCGGAUAGGUGGAACUUCUGGUGAUGAUGAUUGCAACAACGGGAUGAUUGAUUAUAUGCUCAAUAAUCCUCAACAACAUCAACAACAAAUGUCAUCCGGGUUUUGCACUUCUACUUCUUUCGAUAAAUUGAGCUUUGCUGAUGUGAUGCAAUUUGCAGAUUUUGGGCCUAAGUUGGCCUUAAAUCAAAACAAGAUAUCGGAGGAAGAAACUGGGAUUGAUCCGGUUUACUUCCUUAAGUUUCCUGUUUUGAAUGAUAAGAUUGAGGAACAAUCUAUAAGGGUUCCUCAACUAGGUGGAGAAAAUAUUGAAGAAAUGUUUACAGGAGUGAGUAGUGGGGAGAAUAGGGCAGGAAUGGUGGGGGAAGAGAGGGGUAUUGGAGAAGAUGAAGAAGCUAGGAUUUCGGAUAACAACUCGGUGCAACUUCAGUUUCUUGGAGAUCAAGAUCUUCAAAACAAGAACCCUAUACCAGAGGCGAAGAACAAGAGAAAAAGGCCAAGAACUAUCAAGACAAGUGAGGAAGUUGAGAGCCAAAGAAUGACUCAUAUUGCAGUUGAAAGAAAUCGAAGAAAGCAAAUGAAUGAGCAUCUUCGAGUCUUGAGGUCUCUCAUGCCAGGAUCAUAUGUGCAACGGGGAGAUCAAGCUUCGAUAAUUGGUGGAGCCAUAGAGUUUGUGAGAGAAUUGGAGCAACUACUUCAGUGCCUAGAAUCCCAGAAACGGCGAAGACUGAUGGAUGAUUCCUCUCUUGCAAUCCAACAACCAGCUCAGCCUGCAUUCUUUUCUCCUAUGCCUCUACCAAAUGAUCAAAUGAAGCUCGUGGACUUCGAGACCGGACUCCGUGAAGAAACAGCUGAAAACAAGUCUUGCUUGGCUGAUGUUGAAGUAAAGCUUUUAGGGUUUGAUGCCAUGAUCAAGAUCCUGUCUAGGAGAAGGCCAGGCCAGCUCAUUAAGGCCAUUGCAGCACUAGAAGAUUUGCAGCUUAACAUACUCCACACCAACAUCACCACCAUUGAUCAAACUGUUCUCUAUUCAUUUAAUGUCAAAAUUGCAAGUGACUCUGGGUUUACAGCAGAAGAUAUAGCAAGCUCAGUUCAACAGAUAUUCAAUUUCAUCCAUGCAAAUAGCAGCAUUUGAUACAAGUCAAAAAUGAAGAUGGUUUGGCAGAGAAGAGAAAAUGGGUUGUGGAGACAGAUUUCGUUGAUGAUGCAUGCUUGAACCACAAUGAUUUGCACUUAUUAUGAGGUCGAAGGUCAACGAGUCCCGUAUCUCCUUGCAGUGGGUUGACUUGUCGGAAAUCAAGAUUUGGUAGUAUUAGGCUGGACCCUGAUGCUGCCAUUGUCGUAGGGUCCCCUAAUUGAGAGUUUGUAGAGAUUCAUACUUGCUCGCCCCAAUUUUGUCUUGCAUAUUGUAGAACGUUUUAUCAUGUGGGGUUACAGUUUCUGGCUUCUCCUUGAGUCAAAUAGGAUAGUGUCCAGUGCAAUUAAUGCAUGGGGUUUUGGUGUUUGCCCUGUUCAAAAGGUGAAGGUAAUAUGUCAAGUGAGUUUAUCAUGGAUGCUCAUUUGGUGUUUUCUUAUAUAAGAGGAAGAUCUUGCUUUCAUGUUAGAGAGGUGAUGUUUGCACAUGAUAAGGCAAUAUGAUGUUACUCAACAUUGUACUAAACUUUAGAAAGCACUAGUAUAAAGUUUGGAUAUUG